UGUGAGAGGACAACACGUUUGUGCUUUGCAACAGGGAGGCGGUGUCUGCUGCUGCUGCGCACGCGUGUCUCCACUACGCGUUACUGGAUUCUCUGUUGUGGUAUGGCGCUUGGUGUAGGUCCCAUUUCUUUCAAUUUACACAGGAGUCUGGUCACCUAAGAAAGUGGAUCAGGGCAGGCAGUAGCGUCUUGGAGUUGUGGGCUGUGCCAUGUGCCGCUCCUGUAGCUGAGACUCCCUGCAGCCGGUUUGUGUAGCCAGCCCCGAGUAUGGAUCCGCCGCUGGGAUCGGGGUUGUUCGGGAAUGCUAAGGACCUUACUUGGAGCACAGUCUCGCUGUCUCUGGAUGUGCUGGUUAGUUCGUACCGGUUGCCGCAGAUUGCUAAACUGGAUGCUGGUGAGUCAGUUGAAGGCCUUCGAGAGAAUGAUUGUGUUCUGAUUCAUUCAUGCCGACAAUGGACAACCAUCACAGCCCACAGCCUGGAGGAGGGUCAUUAUGUAAUUGGUCCAAAGAUAGAAAUUCCUGUCCACUAUGGAGGACAGUUUAAACUGCUUGAACAAGAUCGUGAUGUCAAAGAGCCUGUGCAGUAUUUCAACAGUGUGGAGGAGGUGGCAAAAGCAUUCCCAGAGCGAGUUUACGUCAUGGAGGAAAUAACAUUCAAUGUUAAGGUUGCUUCUGGUGAAUGUAACGAAGAUACAGAGGUUUACAAUAUCACCCUGAGCACAGGCGAUGAAUUAACUCUAAUGGGACAGGCUGAAAUACUUUAUGCAAAGACAUUCAAGGAGAAGUCACGACUUAACACUAUUUUCAAAAAGAUUGGGAAGCUGAACUCUAUCAGCAAGCUCGGCCGUGGUAAAAUGCCUUGUCUCAUCUGUAUGAAUCACCGAACCAAUGAAAGCAUAAGCCUUCCAUUCCAGUGUAAGGGUAGAUUUAGUACACGAAGCCCACUUGAAAUUCAGAUGCAAGAAGGAGAGCACUUGAUCCGUAACAUUGUUGAAAAGACAAGAUUACCAGUGAAUGUAAUAGUACCAAGUCUCCCUCCCAGAAAUCCUUAUGACUUGCAUCUCAUUCGUGAGGGACAUCGAUACAAAUUUGUAAAUAUUCAGACAAAGACCGUUGUAGUCUGCUGUGUGUCACGAAACAAUAAGGUUGUCCCUUUGCACUUCCCACUUCACUUAACUCUCCCAAAAUUUGUCCUCCCUGAAGGAUUAAUCAAAGGAGAAGUGUGGUAUGAGAACAAGAUCCAGCAGUGGGUUAGCAGCUGUCAGGAGCAGUUUGACAUUGAUGAGUAUUCCCGAGCCGUCCGGGAUGUGAAAACUGACUGGAAUGAUGAAUGUAAGAGCCCCAAAAAGACUUGGUGCACAGGUCAUAGUCAUGUGCCAAACUCUCUCAGCUAUGCCCGCGAUGAACUGACUCAGUCUUUCCAUCGACUUUCUGUUUGUGUCUAUGGUAACAACUUGCAUGGAAACAGUGAGGUUAAUCUUCAUGGCUGCCGAGAGGUAAACACAGACUGGAAUUUGUUUCCCCAUGACCCCCUUCAGUAUCCAGAUUCUGGAGACAGUGGAAGUGACUACCUUUUCCCUGAAGUAAAUGAAGAACCCAACAGUUACCCAGCAAAGUCAGAACUUCCCUAUGAGGAGUUGUGGUUGGACCAGGCCAUGGGAAAAUGUGGUCAGGGAAUUUCUAUACCUAUCAAUGAUAAGAACAAAUGUGAUAAUCAUGGAAGAAGUUCCACUCAUUCAAAGUGUGGCAUCUCAUCAUCCCUUCCUGCUUCAUGUCCACUGUCUACAGCAAAGUCACCAGUGAAGUUAACAGAGAGUUCCUUGCCUCCACCUCCAGUGCCUCCAAAGUCUGAAGCUGUAAAAGAGGAAUGUAGACUUUUAAAUGCCCCACCUAUCCCACCACGGAGUUCCAAGCCAUCUUCAACAAGUCCGUUAAUUCCUCCUCGAACAAGUAAACAGAUUCGACAGCAGACGCGAUCCCCUAGUCCUACCCUCUCAUAUUACUCAUCUGGAUUGCAUAAUAUUACUGUAACAGAUGACAAUGGAUCACAUCCUGCAGAGAAUGCACCUGUUUCCUGCAAUCCUUGUAAAUGGAUGAAGACUGAUGCUGUAGAUUAUGAGAAGAAGUCUCCUUUUGGAAGCCCUUGCUCCAAUGUUGCAGCUACUCGGUCAUCAUGGCCCAGCCAUUUUUGUGGAGCCACAGAAUGCCAGGAUAUUCAUAACUUUAUGUCAGAUCAAUGUAGAAGUUACUAUAGCUAUCCACGGCAAAAAACUCCAGGUACACCAAAGAGAAACUUUCCAAGUUUUGAUUUUUUUGCCACAGAUCUCCCUGGUGGCAGUGUAUCUGGGCAAGGUACAACAACUGAUGAUUAUUGCAUUAUCUCUGGCUGCCCUAAAUCUGCAAGCUAUUCAGUAGAAUCAUCUAGUAAAACACUCUUGCUUGAAGACACUACAAAACAAAGCCAGUCAUGCCCUGCCUUACCCCCACGGGCUGCAAAAUUAAAUGGCGAGAAAUUUGUGAUGGAAGCAUUGUCAUUUCCUUUAACAAUAGAUGGUGCUGAAGCAGAAUGUCAGACUUCUUCACUGGACGUAACAGAAGGAAGCUAUUUUACCAGUUCAGGUGGCCAGGAUGUUUUUUCAAUUUCUUAUCCAUUUUCAUCUCCUCUGCAUCUUCAGCUGGCACCAAGAUCUUGUGGUGAUGGCUCACCAUGGCAACCCCCUUCUGACCUCUCAGUCCUUUCAAUAGAGGAGGUAUCAAAAUCCUUACGAUUUAUAGGUCUCCCUGAAGAUGUUGUUUCUCUUUUUGUAGCUGAAAAGAUUGAUGGUAGUUUACUUGUGCAACUUACGGAAGAGAUUCUUUCAGAAGACUUUAAAUUAAGUAAACUGCAAGUUAAGAAACUUUUACAGUUCCUCAGUGGCUGGCGACCUAAAAUGUAGUUGACAUAUCUAAUAAAUGCAUACUUGAGGUAACAAUAAUUGUGAAAAGACUGGGAUUGAUUUAAACUACAAAUAUUUUGCACUAAAAAGUUUGUAAAUAAUGGUGAAUUAGCAAAUACUAUGCAGAUACAUUGCAGGUACUAAUCAUUGGCCGGUUUUCUGUCUGCCAAUAAAAAUGAUAUACAUAAAAAAUGUUGUGUCCCUUUUACAUCACGAAGUGAUUGACAUCUGCUAAACUGCAUUUAUUUGGUGGGGAAAUUAAUGUGCAUUU